AUGAAGAAACUCCUUGCAGGUGGUAUAAACGUUGGCUCGGGAUUUUGCUCUCCACGGUGUUCUCCCCUGAAACAGAAAGCUGACCUGAGAGAUCAAGAUGGGCGCCUGGGAGGUUUUGCUCAACCCAGUCUACCUUGCCGUCCUCACUUUCUUCCUUCACUUGAGGCUCUCUUGGCUGUCUUUGUGGUUGCAGGCUUGAGCAUCCCACAGCUCCUGGAAUCCAUCUUGAAGCUGCUGCCUUUGGAUACUUAUGAGCCAAAUUCGGUGAUGGUCAUGGACCUGGUGGACAGUGAUAAGGCCAAAGGUCUUCAGAUCCCUGAUGUAUGGCAAACCUACAGGAACCUCCUCUUUCAGACUGGCUUCAGGGAUGACCUUGGGAAGAUAGAAAGGUUUGCUUUUUAUGAACGGGCAAAAAAAGCUUUUGCUGUAGUUGCAACGGGAGAAACAGCUCUAUAUGGGAAUAUAAUUCUCAGGAAAGGUGUGAUUGCACCCCAGGAGCAGCACUAGAAGGUGAGAGUGAAGAAGCCCCAAUGUCAGAUGCCAGAGGAUAAAUUCAUUUCUUGAUUCUGGAAUAAACACUUUUAGUAAAAUGUGUAUACACAUUGGAAUGUUGAGUGGAAAUCAGACUUUGGUUUUAAUGUUACUUGAAUAAAUGCAUUUUCUUCUU